AUGGCUAUGGGUGAAAAGCGCAAGUUCAUGCGAAGCUUAAUCGAUGGCUGUCAAGAGAGCUAUCGAGUUUGGGAAAAGCUUCCCGAAAAGAAGGUUCCAUGUGCAAUUGGGAAUAUAGAGAAAGUAAAUGAGACUAGUAUGUAUGUUGGUUACUGUUUGGUUGUGUCUCGUUUUGUUUCUCGCCUCAGCUGUGUUUGUCAUCAAUCUCAUAUGGGUUUUGCUUUUUCGUUAUUGGGUACCAUUUUUAAGAGUGGCUAUGAACCUAACAUGGUGACUUUUAAUACAAUCAUCAAUGGGUUUUGUAUGAAUGGGAUGAUUUAUAAAGCCUUGAACUUUUACCAAGACCUAGUAGCCCAAGGGUAUCUUUUUGAUGAGUUUACUUAUGGGAUUUUAAUCAAUGGGUUGUGUAAAAACGGGCAAACUAAAGCUGCGUUACAUUUGUUACACGAGAUGGAGGAACGGUCGGUUGAACCCAAUCUAGUUAUGUAUAGUGCAGUCAUUGAUGGAUUAUGCAAAGAUGGACUUGUCACGGAUGCGCUUAGUUUGUGUUCUCGGAUGGGUGACAGGGGAGUUUUACUUGAUGUUGUCACCUACAACUCUUUAAUUUGUGGUUGUUGUAGCGUAGGUCGAUGGCAAGAUGUAAAUCAAUUACUAAUGAGAAUGGUGCGGGAAAACGUUGAUACGGAUGACUUUACGUUUAACAUAUUGAUUGAUGCUUUAUGUAAAGAAGGAAGGAUCUUAGAAGCACAGGGUGUGUUUGUUAUGAUGCUGAAAAGAGGUGAGAAACCAGAUAUUAUUACUUACAAUGCUAUGAUGGAUGGGUAUUGUUUAAGAAAAAGUGUUGACGAGGCUAAAGAACUAUUUGAUGGAAUGGUCAAAAGAGGCUUGGAACCUGAUGUUUUGAAUUAUAACGUCUUGAUUAAUGGUUAUUGCAAGAAUGAAAUGGUUGAUGAAGCGUUGGUUCUCUUUAAAGAGAUGUGUCGUAAAAAUUUAGUCCCUAGUAUUGCUACUUAUAAUUCUCUUAUCGAUGGCUUAUGCAAUUUGCACAGAAUACCACACGUGAAGGAACUUCUUGAUGAAAUGCGGGAUAGUGGUCAACCCCCAGAUGUAGUCACUUACAAUAUAUUGUUAGACACGCUUUGUAAAACCCGACCUUUUGACGAGGCAAUCUCAUUAUUUUGGAAGAUUGUUCAAGGAAUUUGGCCUGAUUUUUACACAAACUAUGUAAUUGUUGACAAUUUGUGCAAAGGUGAAAAGUUAAAGAUUACAGAAGAUGCUCUUCAUUACCUUUUGAUACACGGUUGUCCUCCAAAUGUCCGAACAUAUACUAUCAUCAUCAAUGCACUUUGUAAAGAUGGCUCUUUUGACGAAGCUAUACUCUUACUGUCAAAAAUGGAUACCAAUGAUUGCUCCCCCGAUGCUGUAACUUUUGAUACAAUUAUUGGUGCACUGCUCAAGAAAAAUGAGACCGACAAGGCAGAGAAACUUCGUCAUGAAAUGAUGGAGAGAGGUCUAGUAAAUAUUGAAAAAAGGUUGAUGUGCAAACAGGGAGGGAAUCUGUGACUGCCGAACUUGUCAUUCAUGUUCUAUUUUCACAUGACAACCAAAGCAAGUCAAGAUUUACAUGCGUCAGGCAAUCCAGACUGCGAAGGCCGAAACGGUUAUGCAAGCAGAAUAUAAUUUUUCAAUGCCAAAUAUCAGAUUUUCUAUGUUCAAUGGUUGAUUGGAGACAACAGCUGGAACCAGAGUUACGCAAUAUUCUUCCCUACAAAUUCUGGCUUUCAAUCUGGUUCAUUUCACUCUGACGUCUGAGCAAGUUUCUUGCUUGUAAGCUAAAUCCCUGUGAUCCUUCAUACUCUAUGCAGAAGUGUACGUUCCAUCCCCAAGGAAAGUACAGUUUAUCAGAUUGCUUGGUUUCUUGUCCGGGGAACUUGUGAAGAUUCAAUGCAUUACCUUAUGGUCUUUGCCGGAGAUAUGUGAGCUUAGGUAGCAGAUUUGCAAUUGGACUAACUAGAAACAUCCAGAAUCGCUUUUGUUUAAUUUCUUAACCAGUAGUUGCUUGGAGUCUCAUACGGCAACAAAACAUCCUUAUAAAGUAAAAAACACGGAAUAAAUCAUAUACAUGGAAAAUUGAGAAGUAGGUUAUAGAUUUGAAUUAUUUUCAGUGUCUUUCUUUUAAAUAAUAUAAUGUACACCUUGAGAAGAAUAGCAUUGUGGCUCUGGGAGAACUGGUGGUGAGGAUGCAGAAGUUAACAUAGAAUAUUCAUUUAUUGUAUUUAUUUACAUUGUUUGUAUAGCAUGCUCUGAACAAUGGUGCAUACUGCAUAAGAUAAUAAAUAGAUGCUAUUGUGACUCCAGUUUCAUAAUUUCAGUUCUUCAAAUACAUUUAGUUUCAUACUAAUGGUUGUGCCUGGUUAUUUACAUUUUUUA